CGCGCUCAGUGCUGAGUCGAGCCUCUUAAUACAAGGUCGUAGCAGCAGCAGCAUUUAGCCGUGAACAUGAUGUCCCUUGCAUCCCGGUCAGGGGUAUUUUCCCCUUACCUGCAGGCUACUGCUUUCGCAGUGGCCGGUCCCCUGAAACCUUUAGUACCAGGAGUCGUGGUGAAAGGAGAAAAAAUUUUGUUGGACCCGAAGAAACAGUUCUUGUCUCGCGAAUCGCUAAACGGUCAAAGCCCUAAGACUGGGCCUGCUGUAACAGUUAGCAUCAAUGGCUGUGCAGGUGUCAGAUUCGCCCACACAGAUGUCAGAAUACCAGACUUCUCUGACUACAGGCGCCAGGAUGUGCAGGAUCCCAGCAAGUCCUCCCAAGACAGCAGCGAGUCUAGAAGAACCUUCUCUUACCUGGUCACCGGCGCUACAACUGUGGUGGGCGUCUACGCUGCCAAGACGGUGGUCACUCAGUUCGUUUCCUCCAUGAGCGCCUCAGCCGACGUCCUGGCCCUGUCGAAGAUCGAAAUCAAGCUGGGCGACAUCCCCGAAGGCAAGAACAUGACGUUCAAGUGGAGAGGCAAGCCGCUGUUCGUCCGUCACCGCACAGAGAAGGAGAUUGAAGCGGAGCACGCCGUCAACAUCGCCGAGCUGCGCGAUCCCCAGCACGACAAAGACCGCGUGGUCAACCCGAAGUGGGUCAUCGUCCUCGGUGUGUGCACGCACCUGGGUUGCGUACCCAUCGCCAACGCCGGAGACUUCGGAGGGUACUACUGCCCAUGCCACGGCUCCCACUACGACGCUUCAGGCCGCAUCAGGAAAGGCCCCGCCCCCCUCAACCUGGAAGUCCCCUACUACGAGUUUCCCGACGAUGACACCGUGGUCGUAGGAUAAAACGGCAUCAGACUGAGCUGCGCGACAACAACAACAGAGAUCUGUAUUAUAACCAUUUCUUAUAUGAGGGAUACUUUGAAACGUGUCCUUUAAUUGUUAUGGUGUAAUUAUGCUAUGUUCAUGUCUUUUGGGUUUUACUGCUAAUGCGUUUUGCCAUCUGGGGAAAACCUGCUCACGUCGGCGUCCUAGAGGUAAUUACAACAAGAACAUGUGGACAGUUUCACUCUUCUGCAGUAGCUCACACAGUGUCACACUAUAAUGCGAGAAGAUCUACCAGUGCGGGUAGUCAUAGUUGUUUUUAAAUGAGAAAAAAAAAAAUUGCAGUUGUAAGUUAUAAAGUUGAUGAAAAGCGAGUGUUAACUGAUGCAUGAAUUUGUGGAUGCAGAUGGAGUGGAAUAUGGGUGUGAAAUUCACAGAGGCACACUUGUAGUUGUUGCAAGUAGAUGUCAUCAUCAUCUUCUGUUUUUGCUUCCUAAAUAUGACGUGAACAUUAAAUAAAAGCACCUGCUUGUCUCAUUAAGUUAUAGUCAGUUCAGAACUUUACCAGAACAAAUCAUAUGUUCGGUUUUAAUUAAUAAAGAUAUCUAUUUUUUCCUUUAAGUCUGGAAUCGGUGUUAUUCUGCAGUUUAUUUUAAAUAAACUCUACCAAAGGAAA